GCUGGCCAUGUCCUGUUGGGCAUCUACUGUGGCUCUGCUCCUGGGUCUGACCUUGGUCAUCACUGAAGGUAACCUGUAUGAGGGCCACUCCCUGGAACCAUCAUGUAUUCCAGGCCACCCUUGCACACUAGCCUUUAUCUCUGACAACCCAGUGGUCCUGCGCUGUCCCCAUGCUUUCUUUAGAGUCUUUGUCACUUGGCAAUACCUCGAUCCAGCUUGGGCGGAUGAGCAGCCUGUCACCUUUUUGCACUCAGGGGCCCCCAUCUGGCCCUUGCUCAGCCAUGCCAAGUUGCGGAGGUUACGGUUCAAAUCCCAGCUAGUCGCUGGCAACCUGUAUAUCCCAAGCCCCAGUGCAGAGGACUCUGGGUUGUAUACCUGCCAUGCAGGCGAUGCCACAAUCGCCUACUAUCAAGUGGAUUUCCAGGAUGCUGGGCACAUCCAUGUCUCACAUGCUGGUCUGGGGGAGACUACUCUGGGUAAUACCACCGCUGAGCUAGAAAAUGGAGCACAGGCUGAGCUGUUCACCUCCUGGAGUCCUUGGCAGUCUUGCGAUCGCUGUGGCAAUUCUGGAGAAAGGAAGCGGGUGGGCUUUUGUUAUGCCCAGGUGACCCGGAAGGACCAGCAUGCGGAAAAGCCACUGCCCUGCGGAAUGCUCAGGAACAAGCACCCAAUGUUGCCGCAAUGGGGACCAGAGCUGAGAGUGGAGACCUGCCAGGUGCCCUGCGAUGCAUCAUUCCUGCUUGCCCAGGAUGAGUCCAACACGGUUCCACUUCUCGUCUUUACCACCUACCAUCCUCAGCUGAAGGCCGUUGCCCGUCUGCGUUGCCCAACCUCUUCCAUAUACAGCCCUGUUUACUGGCAAGAAGGCCCCACAACGCUGACCCGCCUCAAACUUCUCCAGACGAAUAGUUCCCAGAGCCUGGAUAAGGCCACUGGUGGUGGGAUCCUUCGUCUCUCUUACCAGAAUGAGUCGCACAGUGCUUUCUACCAGUGUUAUGUUAAUGGGCAUCUGGUGGGGAAGUUUUUUGUUGCCUCUCCCAAUACUAUGUCAUCUGCUGGGGAGCGGGCCCACACCUACUCUGUCAUCGAGGCGCUGAUAGUGGGGCUCUCCAUGUUCCUUGUUUUCUUGAUGUUCCUCAGCAUCAUCCAGUCCUGCAGGCGGAAACCAGGAACCACCAUGGUCUAAACAGGAUGCACAUAGCCACAUGGACACUCCAGAAAAGGGGGCAUGGAUUGGUGACAAAUAAAAGAUAUUGACUGGCAGUAUAUUGAGUUAAUCUGGGCCUUGGAGCUGCCUGUAAGGAGGGGAAGGUCUUAAAAUCAGUGCUGCCACUAUAUGGAGUAAACUACAC